AUGCAAUUCUUUUUCAAGUCGCGCGGCCGAGGCCGUUUAAGAAAUCCUUUCUUUGCUUUAGCUAUUAUUACUGCUGCAGUUGCGGCGGCUACGGCGGCUAUACUACGCACUUUUACUUUCGAAGCUUCGCUUUCUUUCUUAGACUUUUCUAUUAAGCGCUUGCUUAUGCUAACGACCGUUAAAGCUUUAAGCAAUUACACUGUUGCUUUUGCCGCUGCUAACACUGCUUUCGAUAACUUCCUCGCUUUAGAUGCUGCUCUUUUAAAAGGUGCUGCUAGUAGUCCGGAAAGUUUAGCGAGUGGAAAUGGAGGUUUUAAAAGUAGUUUCGAUAGCUUUGCAGGUUUUGCUUUUGCUUUUAAGACUUUCAAUUUGAAUAUAGCUUUUAUUAAAUUGAAUAGUCUUAUGGCAGCGAACCGUAGUCCGGUAACGCGGAGCGCUUCGAGCAUAUUACUCUUUCCAGCCCUUGCGCUUGCGCUAGCCGCUUUUGUUGCUCCCGUCGCUUUUAUAGCUCUCGUCGCUUCCGUCGUACUUAUUAUCGUCGCUCUUUUUGCGUUAAUUGUUGCGCUUGCCGCUCUCGCGGCGGCGCUCGCUAUUGCUAUAACUCUUGCGGAGCGCCGGGCUAAAGUGAAGAGAUUGCUAAAAGCUUUGGUUGAUCUUUUAUUAUAA